AUGUGCCGCCCUCUUGUGACGCUAGCGCCCGAGGACGACCGCGUGACGACAGCGUGGCCGCGCGCGAGAUGCACGCCUCUGAUCGCGUCGCUGCUACAGCGGUCGUGCCGCUACGAGGCGCUCGUGCGCGAAGAGACGUUCACGGCGCUCGCGAGGAAGCUCGAGCGCAUGCUCCUGAAAGCGUACCCGCUUGACAUUGCCGUCGUAUCGGAGGACGAGCUGCGCUGGCGUCUGCGCCACAUUGUCCGGCGCCUCCUCAAGUCCAAGGAUUGCGUCGCGCUCCAGCCCAACAACUACGCGGCGUCGUAA